AUGUACGGCAGACGGAACGAUGAAUAUGAUUACUCUUAUGACCGAGGCCGUGAGCAAAGCAGACAUGAGAAUCUCGGCGGCGCAGAUAGGCUAGACCGGCUGGACAGACUGGAUAGGCUGGAUCGCCUAGAUCGACGGGACCGACUGGACCGACUAGAUCGCCUAGAUCGACAGGAUCGACUGGACCGACUAGAUCGCCUAGAUCAACUGAACAGGAUCAAUAUUGUUGAUGUGUCCGAUCAGCUUGACAGGCCUGGUCCGUCCAAACCCACCCCGCAGGACGAUUAUCGCUAUGAAUAUGCAGUGCCUUUAAGGCAGCCUCCACAUCCGGCUUACCAGCACCAGUCAAGAAGCAGGUCGGCAUCAGUUGAUUCAAUUCCACGCGUUCGUAAUACAUACAAUCCUUAUACCACACACAAUACCUAUACCACGCGAGAUCCUUUUACUACGCGGGAUCCUUACGCUACGCGGGAUCCUUAUACUACACGCAAUGCUUAUGCCACCACGUACGCUGCUCACCCUACCUCAGCCGAAACCCGUAAUGCACCGCAACUAGUGACGCAGAUUGAGAGCAUUAUAAACUCGCACAUGUCCCGUAUUGGACAAAGACUGUCUCGCCUAGAGGAUGGCAUCAAUAAUUUGCCUUUACCACAGACAACACAGCAGACAACACAGCCAACAAGUCAGCAGGUACAUCAACCAACAGAACCCCAAACCAAAUUUGCUACAUUGCCAAUUUCGAAAAUUUCAAUGGGACCAGGCAGUGAAUAUCCUUCAACUCUCCCUGGUAUAUACCAUGCGCUGGUACAGAACCUUACCUAUAACACGAUGGACGUCUCGGUAGAAUGGGACAUACCACGGAUCUUCACCGAAUUGAAUGCAGAAAAAGCAGGCACAACUCUGGAAUGGCUUGACGGCAUGCUUACCCUAACCGGGUCUGUUGAGUAUUGCGAAGCCGCGACUUGUGGCGACUACGUUCGGGAGAGAUGGCCAGAUGUGGCAUCGCCCCUGCUAACGGUAGUAGCUGCAGCUAUUGAUCAAGCGAUCCAUAAGCGUGACCCAGUGCCAUCCCAAGAGCAUGUCUGGGCUAAUAAAGAGCUGUGGGGUUGCAAGAUUCAGAUUUGGGGAUAUAGAUCCAAAGCGUACUUGAGGGGGCGCGGUAACUCUCAGUUUCUUAUUGGGACCCUGGAAGCGCUUUCGUGGCUCUGCGCUGCCAUUAGGAAGCCUAACAAGGAAAUCUUGCAGCUUUCCUCUGCUGAAAUGGCUGAUGACAGCCUUGUUACGCUUCGGGUACAUGAAGCCGAUCUAAACGUCCAACAUGCUUGCUGGCACAAGCUCUUCAAAGCAGGCUCUAUUGUUCAGUCUGAUCUUCCACUGGAGAAUCGGGGGAAAGGUCUCGGCAUGUCAUUCGACGACAUGGCGAGCCUUGCUGCGUCAGUCCUAGAGGUGAAAAUUAAUGGUGUACCACUUCUUUUGGGACAGUCGACAUUGCUAAUACCAGUGGAACGGUUGAAAACAGGCAUCCAGUGGCACCUGGAAACCUGGGAAUCUGGCUUGCUGGAUCCUACAAAGGGCGAAAGUUUGCUGGCUAUUCUCAAACACCAUCCGCAAACACUAAAGGAAGAUUUUACGGCUUUGCAGGCAGAAAAGGCAUUCUUGGGCUGGAGCAGCUCCGAAACCCCGAUCCAAGUGGUUGUGGGCACGGAGCAGGCGAGGGCAUCGUGCAACCUGCUGAAGGGUUCCGGGGCAGACCGAGCUCGGCCAAACGUGGCCGAGGGUGAAGAUGAUGACAUGAGUUGCGAGCUGAAAUUCAAGUUUCUAGUGCUCAAGAAGGGCCGCAGAAUACGCUGGGGCCAAUUCAGUGUGCAAACGCUAUCUUUCACGGUAGGCAACGCCUUUGAAAUGGUCCUCGACUCACCGGGAGACAAGAGCGUGGCCAUCUACGAUACAGCAACGAAGCGUGGGUGGUUGCUGCGACGCCUUGAUGUUCUCCUUUACAUGAUCCAUGUUCGGCUUCGGGAACAGCAGAACAAUCCAAUAGGCUGCUCGACCGCGCAGCAAUCAGCAAAAGACAUUCUCGAGCUGCACCGAGAUUCCAACAUACGUGGUCUAACAUUGCAGGAGUAUGUUUUGGGCCUGUCGACCGGUCUUGACGCUCUGACAAAUUCACUACGGCAACACGUACGUCGCGAUGCGUCAACACUUAUCGGCGUGGAGUUAUUUGACCUGGCCUUUUCUCAACAAGGCGGGCCGCUCGAGCUUAAACGCAUCACACUAGGAAAGUCUUCGGGCCACUGGGGCAGGCUUGUAGACUACUCCUGGGUUCUCUUCUGCGCCGGUAUGGGUGAGGCUAUGCGCCCCGCCAACGAAGGAAACGCUGCUACGUGCAUCGACAAAUCUGUCCGAAUAGGGCAUGAUUACCUUGCAGCAGUGAUCCCAUGUCUUAAAUAUCUCGCGACAUCUACAGGCGGAGAUUGGGACAUGGGUAGCCUGGGCAAUGGCACUUUUGUUACGCGGGCUGCCAAGGUAAAUGACUGCGGCAGCGAUCACUGCUGCUGCUUUCAAUUGCGACAGUUGACAAAGAAAGAAGAGCCACAUGAUAUAUAUAACGACAACUGCGCAACAGUGUUUGGUGUAAUCCCAUAG